AUGACAGAGAUAGACAACGACUUACAUAGCUUUGACAAGCGUCCAACUAUGGCAGCAACGAGUCCUCGCUUGGAACUGAACUUGGGACUGGUGUUUGAUACACCAUACACAAAACAACAACAACAACAACAACAACGACAACACACUUCAUCAUCAUCAUUGGGUACUUCGCCACGACCACCAGCUCCACUGAAUGAGCCUAAAAUUACAGCUCGAGAAAUGCAGCUCAGACUCCAGCAGGAGUUAAUUGAGGAGAAACAGAAGUUGUUACAAGCCAAAGCAACUAAAUUGAAUCGAAUCGAAGCUUUGCAAUCACGACUAGAACAAUUGACAAAACUUCAACAACAGGCCGAAAGGACUGAAAGAUUGAAUAAACUACUAGAGAGGAGCGAAGUGGAAUUCUACAAAAAUUUGAGAUACAGAAACCAACAACAAACAAAGUACAUCUCGAAUCAACUAAAUGUGUUACCACUACCAAAUUGGGAUCUACGUUUGCCCUUGGCAAAGAAAUUCAUCCCAUAUCUAGACAUUGAUAAAUUGACAACAUAUAAUGAGUAUAUCGAUGACAGACUAGUGCGGGUUUUCCAAUUCACAAUCUUAUCACCACUUGUACUCAACCUAACAUUGAAAUUGGAGAUCAACGCAUUGAAUGAUUCAGUAUAUCAACUAAUCGUCAUGACGAAUUUGACAACCUUACGUAUGUUGUCAUAUUCAUUCACACAAGCAUUGAUUAAUGAUUAUAUACCGAAUGGAAAAAUCCAUUGUGUAAUGUAUGGAUUGAAUUCAUUGACGAAAUUGAUCCAGAAGCGAGUGAAAACUUGGCAUCAAUUGAUUAUCAAAUAUCGACCAAUGGUUGAUAACGAACGGUUGAGAGAUAUACCAGAGAAGGUAUCUGAUUAUAAACAACUUUACGCCAACCUCAAACUGGUGGAAUUUAUUGAUGUGGUGAUCAAGGACAAGUACAAAUUGAGAUUACACUGGAGUAUAGUGAAUAAUGAUCAUCUCACUGGUUCAUGCCAGUCGAAAGUACAUUUGUACAUCACUCAGGAUGGAAAUGCAAUUUUGAAAGAUACUGGCCCAUUAUUCUCAUCGCUAAUCCCAAAAUACGGAAUCAUCAAUUCAUUAGAAAUCAUCCUUUGUAAUGUAUUCAACCUAUGA